AUGGCUGGAAUACCUCAAAACAACUUACUGGAACAACUCGCAAAACACAGCAGUGCAAACCAGAGCAGACUGUCCUUGGCCAAGCCUAAAGCGGGAAGUUUUUGUUUCAAAAAGAAAUCCUCAACAGGAACAACGAAAGUGGAAGUUCCAGCGAAGCUUGGGAGUUCUCAAAAUGUCAAAAUCAACAACUUCUUUACUGGAAGCUCAAAAAGCAAGUCGAACCUCACUCCAUCAACUCCUCAGAUGCCCAUUCCUGUGAAGCUGAAUGACACCCCGGCCUCAGUUCUGGAUGCAUCCUUCCCUAUGGACGACUGGGAUGAUAUGGAUGACUUUGAACCUCCUGCUAAAACAAAGCACAGUCCUGAAGUGGUUGCACCAAAAAACAUUAGUUUUUCAGCCCAAACACUAGAGAAAAGGCUCAACCCUGUCACACAACUAGAUUUAAGAGACGAGGAAGUUGUUUCACCAGCUCUCAGUGUGCCAGAUGAUCUUUUUGACUAUGAAAUCGAUUCUCCGAUAAAAAAGACAAAGAAACUACCUCCAUCUGUGCAGAAAUGCAUCGUGAGCGAAAGUGAGGAAGACGAUGAUGUCAUGUCUGCUGCAGCUGUAUCAGAAAAUAUGAAAACAUUGUCUCCGGCUAAAGUUAUUGAGGUCAUGGAUGACUCGCUUGAUGAGCAGUUGGAUUACGUUGCACCUUCUCCUGUGAAAAGCUCACCUUGUUUCACAAAGGCCUCUGAAAGACUCAAAGACGCUGCUAAAACCGUAUCAGAAUCUAUUCAGCCUGAAACACGAUCUACCGUUGUGCUGGAAUCCCAUAAAGAGUGCCCGAAAGACCAGAAUGAUGAGCUUUACAGUAUUAUGGAAAAGAUUUGUUCUUUGGUGGACACAAUCCCAGAGCAUGAGCUCAUCGGCCUGUCCUGUGGUAAUGAGCUGCUGAUUAAGAGGGCGAUCAGGAAAAGAAUUAUUGCCACCGGUGGAGGUCGUGAUUCCUGGCCGAAGGCGCAACAACCAGACAGUACUGUGCUGUCGGAGUCCAGCUCCAGAGAUAAAUCUCCAGCCUGCACACCUGCGAGUGGCUCUGCUUUUCAGUCUAAAAGAUCGUCCGUCAUCUGUGUGGACUACGACUCGGAUCAUUUUGACAGUCUUCUUGAUCUUGAAGCCCAACUUUUGCAGGAAAAAAACAAAAAUCCAUCAUUUUUGGAAGACCUGGUCUGUGACUCUCCAUCUUCACACAGGCCCCUGACGCAGACUGUCCCCAAACCAUCCAGCAUAGACCUGGACGAUUCAAACCUCUUCUUUACUCCCAAGAAGCCGGCGAGCGCUCUGCUGAGCAGUGUACACGGGACAAAGCUGCAGAACGUGGCGCCUGAUGAUGACUUUGGGGACGAUGACUUUGACAUCGAUGACUUGAAUGACUCUGAUAUCCCAGAUUAUUUUGAUGAACCGAGCUCAUCUUUGCCAGGUUCCAGUUAUAUUAGAGAGGGAGGAGGCAGGACCACUUCUGGGGAGAGAAAAGCCCACACGCCAGCUCCAGCCCUGCAGCAGGCUAAAAAGUGCACUCCAGAACCAACGUUCAGAAACCCAGCCCAUGACCGCUUUAGAGGUUACAACUUCUCCCAUUCUCAAGAAAUGAUGAAAAUCUUUCAUAAAAGAUUUGGGCUUCACCAGUUCAGGUUCAACCAGCUAGAAUCCAUCAAUGCUAUUCUUCUGGGUGAAGACACUUUUAUUCUGAUGCCCACCGGUGGUGGUAAAAGUUUGUGCUACCAGCUCCCCGCCUGCGUCUCACCAGGGGUCACCGUGGUCAUCUCUCCACUCAAAUCUCUAAUUGUCGACCAGGUUCAGAAGUUGACUACUCUAGAUAUUCCUGCUACCAGUUUAAGUGGUGGCAAAAAUGAAAGCGAGGCAGCAAGAAUCUACAUGCAGCUCUCUAGAAAAGACCCCAUUGUGAAGUUGCUCUACGUCACCCCUGAGAAGGUUAGUGCCAGUAACAAGUUGAUCUCUGCGCUCCAAAACUUGUAUGAGCGAUCACUCCUGAGUCGGUUUGUUAUUGACGAGGCCCACUGCGUCAGUCAGUGGGGCCACGAUUUCCGGCCGGACUACAAACGGCUACACGAGCUGCGCGUGAAAUUCCCGAAGGUGCCCAUGAUGGCUCUAACGGCGACUGCAACGCCUCGAGUCCAGAAAGACAUUCUUCACCAGCUGAACAUGACCAAGCCACAAGUCUUUACUAUGAGUUUCAACCGAACCAACCUGAAGUACUCUGUGUUGCCCAAGAAGCCCAAGAAAGUAGAUGAGGACUGCAUAGGCUGGAUCAAAAAGCAUUAUCCACGCGACUCAGGGAUCGUGUACUGUCUGUCUCGUAACGACUGCGAUGCGAUGGCGGAGAGUCUGCAGCGAGCCGGGAUCUUGGCUCUGUCCUAUCACGCCGGCCUGGGCGACAGUGACAGGGAAUAUGUGCAGACCAAGUGGAUCAAUCAAGAUGGCUGCCAGGUCAUUUGUGCCACCAUUGCCUUCGGGAUGGGCAUUGAUAAGCCUGAUGUGCGCUACGUCAUCCACGCCAGUCUCCCCAAAUCUAUGGAGGGCUUUUAUCAGGAGUCGGGGAGAGCAGGCAGAGAUGGAGAAAUGUCCCAAUGCAUUCUGUUCUACUCGUACGCCGAUGUGCAGCGCAUCAAGAGGAUCAUCGGCAUGGAUAAAGAAGGAGACAGACACUCCAAGGCUACUCAUUUCAAUAACCUCCAGAACAUGGUGCAGUUCUGUGAAAACGCCAUGGAGUGUCGCCGAAUUCAACUGCUGGCUUAUUUCGGGGAGCUGAACUUCAACAGAAACUUCUGCAAGGAGAACCCAGACGUGAGCUGCGACAACUGCGUCAGACCUAAUCAAUUCAAGAUUAGGAAUGUGACUGAGGAUGUAAAGAAUAUUGUGAGGUUUGUUCAGGAAAAAUGUGAAAAAGUGGGACAAAGAUACGGCAAGACCUCUCAGCAGACACGGCUGACCUUGAACAUGCUAGUGGACAUCUUCGUAGGUGCAAAAGCUGCUAAAAUUCAGUCUGGCAUGUUUGCAAAGGGGGCGGCGUACUCCAAGCACAAUGCAGACCGCCUCUUUAAAAAGCUCGUUCUGGACAAUAUCUUGGUUGAGGACCUGUACAUCACCAACGGGGGUCAGGCUGUGUCUUAUAUCUCAGCUGGACCAAAGUCUAUGAACGUGCUGUCUGGAAACAUGCAGGUGGACUUCUAUGAGACCGAGAGCGUGUCGAGUAUGAGGAGACAGAAGGCGUCCGUGACAAAGAGCGUGUCCAAGAGAGAAGAGAUGGUCGAGCAGUGUCUCAAAGAGUUGACCGAUCUGUGCAAGGAACUGGGCAAAGCAUUCAGCAUUCACUAUUACAACAUCUUCUCUACGGCCGCUCUCAAAAGGAUCGCAGAAAAGCUGUCCUCCGAUCCAGAAGUCCUCCUUCAGAUCGACGGCGUGACCGAAGACAAACUGGAGAAAUAUGGGGCUGAAGUCAUGCAAGUUCUACAGAAGUACUCGGAGUGGCAGCUGCCCGCUGAGGAGCAGGCAAAGGAUGAUGGAUGGAUAGACACUAGUCGAGGACGCGGCAAUACCAACUUUAACUAUGAUGAUGAUGACCAUGACCAGGAAGCAGAGUCCUCCAGUUACUUUGGUAAAGGAAGUGGACAAGGCCAAAAACGGAAAAAGGGCCCAUUCUUCAAAUACUCCAAAAAACGAAAAGGAUACAAUGGCUCAAGUGGCAACUCGAGAGGUCGUGGCUACAACAGCAAGUCCUCCUCAGGCUCCAGAGGUGGGUCUCGAGGCGGGGGCAGGGGCAGAGGUGGUUCCAGCGGCGGAUACAGUGGUGGGUACAGCGGCGGGUACAGCGGGGCGUCCAAUGGGGACACUGGAGGAAGAAGACCUGGCUUCAUGGCUGUCCCUACUCCUCAAGCUGGAGCUCGGCCAUUUUUAAAACCCACAUUUUCGCAUUUAACAUAA